AUGAAGAAGGCUGGGUCCAAGGCUGUGCCAACAGCGCGCGGUGGUCCCAAAGGCAAGGCCGUGCCGGGCAAGAAGUUGCGAGAGCCGGCGGAGGUGCAGGCCGGGCUGUUCAUGGGGUCGCAGCGGAGUUCGGGGAAUGUGGACUACCUCCGCAGCCUCAACAUCACCCACAUCCUCUCCGUCGGCGUCGACACCCUCCACCCCACCGAGUUCACGCACAAGCGCAUCAAGGGCCUGCAGGACGCGGACACGAGCGACCUCCUUUCGCGACUCCCCGAGUGCAUAGCCUUCAUCGAGGAGGCCCUCCAGGCCGGCUCCGGCGUGCUCGUGCACUGCCAGGGCGGCAUCAGCAGGAGCGCGGCGGUCGUGGUUGGCUUCCUCGUGCACAGCAACCGGGACCUGUCGGCCAACGAGGCCCUCGCCCUCCUCCACCAAUCCCGACCCACCGCCCGCCCGCGGCCGGCCUUCCUGGAGCAGGUGGAGGCCUAUCGGCGCUCUCUUCUCGCCACCGCCUCGGCCCAACCACCACCAACGACCAAAUGA